AUGACGUUGGGCGCGGAACGCGAAGGCUGUCCGGAGAGUCACUGCGCCAAUAGCUAUCAUGGGUGUUGUCCCGACGGGGUGACCUUCGCGCAGGGACCCAGGUACGAGGAGUGCCCGCACACCAAACAGCCCAAACACAUUCGAUUCGGAGCCGGAAUGCCAGGCGGAAUGCAGGUAGGCUCGUAUGAUAAAUGCGAGUCGCCGAAGGUGGUGGGUCCGUGUCGCGGGCUGCUGAACGUGUAUUAUUUUGACGAAUACGAGCGCGCCUGCCUGCCCUUCCAGUACGGCGGCUGCCAGGGCAACGCCAACCGCUUCCCUUCGGCGGAAGCGUGCCAGCAGAGCUGCGCCCACGUCAUUUCCCCGCCCACUCCGCCGCCCGUCGACGAGAACGUCCACACCAUUCCGCCGGAAUAUCCCGCGCAGACCUAUCCCACCGCGCCCGGCCAGAAUCCCUAUCUCGCCCUCUGCAGUAUGCCUGUGGAUGGGGGAGCGUGCGUCGAGCGGCAAUCGCGUUAUUACUACGACAUUUCCCAAGGAAAAUGCAUGUCGUUCACGUACACCGGACGUGGCGGAAACCAGAUUCAUUUCCACACGCUGGAACAGUGCGAAGGCUUCUGCACACAGUUCGGCGUGGGAUGUCCGGCCCGCACGUGCUCAAUCCAGUGCCCGUACGGCUACGAGAACGAUCCCAGUUCCUGCCCACUAAAUUUUGUUUCUAGACGAUCAAAGCGCAGAUCAUCGCUUCUUCCUCCGGCCUCCGGUUGGCAGCUGCGACUGGAGUGCCGGGCCAGCGGGUACCCGCAGCCGCGCGUCCGCUGGUACCUGAACGCGCACGAGAUCAUCUCCGACGGCGACCGCUCGCAGGUCUUCACCAACGGGACGCUCCUCAUUAAACGCGCGCGGGCCUCAGACGCCGGCGUGUACCAGUGCCAGGCCAGCAACGAGCAGAGCAGCAGCUCAGAUUCCCUCCGCGUCUUCGAAUGCACGGACAACGAGCACUACGCCAACUGCAAACUGAUCGUGGUGGCGGAGUUGUGCAACAACGAGUAUUACGCCAAAUUCUGCUGCAAAUCCUGCACGGAAUCCGGCCAGAUCCGGCUGUGA